AUGAAAUUUUCCAAGAUCUCUUCAAUUGCUGCCUUAUCUUCGGUCGCUUUGGCUGCUCCAGCUAUGGUCACUGUUACUGAACAUGUCCAUGCUUCACCAACUGUCACCGUUCAAGGUGUAAUCUAUUUCCAAGACGGUGCUGCUGUCACUAGUUUCACCACUAUCGGUGCCGCUGCUGAUCCAACUCCUGUUGCUGCUGCCGCUGCCACUGCCGCUGCCCCAGCCGUUGCUAAUGUUAACCUAGUUGGUAACAAUGUUGUUGAUGCUCAAGCUGCCACCACUCAGGCUCAAGUUCAAGUUCAAGCCGUCGCUUCAACUACUGAAGCCGCUGCUCCUGUCCAAACCACUGAAGCUGCUGCUCCUGUCCAAACCACUGAAGCUGCUGCUCCUGUUCAAACCACUGAAACCUCUGCUGCUGCUGCUCCUGCUGCAACCACUGCUCAAGACAACAGCAACAACAGCAACUUAUCUGAUUUUGCCAACACCAUAUUGAAUGCUCACAAUGCUAAGAGAGCUUUACAUCAAGACACUAACUCAUUAUCAUGGUCUGACGAUUUAGCCAGCUACGCACAAAACUAUGCCAACAACUAUGACUGUUCUGGUAAUUUAGUUCACUCUGGUGGUGCAUACGGUGAAAACUUGGCCUUAGGUUACAGUGCCUCCGGUGCAGUUGAUGUUUGGUAUGAUGAAAUUUCUGGUUACGAUUUCAGUAAUCCAGGCUAUUCUCCAGCUACUGGUCAUUUCACACAAUUAGUAUGGAAAUCGUCUACUCAAAUUGGUUGUGGUAUUAAGAAUUGUAACAAUGAAUGGGGUAACUACGUUAUCUGUUCUUACAAUCCAGCCGGUAACUUCAUCGGUGAAUUUGCCCAAAAUGUUGGUAACUUGAAAUAA